AAUGUCAUAGUUACAAGGACUUGUAACUAAUGGUGUCUUUACAGUAAAACAGGUUGUGUAAACUAACAAAAAAUCUGAUAGACUAUUAAAAAAUGUUUAAAGGUUAAGAAUCCUUUAAAAGGUUUAUAAGCAUUAUUAUUAUUAGUAGAUGGUGUAUUUAAAAGUGAUGACAACAAAAUUGCUCCGUUACUCUGUUUAGUAUUUUUUUGCAUUCUGUGACAAUAAUAAUUUUCCCAAAAACAGAAUAUUUAAGCAUAUUAUUUAGUAGAUUUUUGUUCUAAUGCCAAUGACAGUAUGUACAGUGUAAAACAUUACUUGUCCUUGUUUGCUUGAUCUUUUUUUCCCGGUCUGUAUUUCCCAAUUAUUUUUUUAAUUAGUUUGAAAGAUCCCCUCUAGACAUGUACUACGGCAUAUAUACAAAUAGUCUGCUCGGUGAUGUGACAAUGAUGUGUGUCUGAAAAAAUAUCAUUUUCACAUUAAAAUCCUACAUCUAUACCUUCUACCUCAUUAUAAAUACCAGAAUCUAUAAAUAUACAAAUGUGGUUCAUAUCUAAUAAUACGUUUUACUGCUGGACACAAGAUGUCUCCUUGUAAAUUCUCAUAUUAGAAUAUGUUAUGUUGUAAGUUUCCACAUCAAGCUUGUAUAAGUUGCACACCGGACCAGGGAUGACUUCCAAAAUAUUUGUGAUGUCACAAAACAUACUUGUAGGCCCUGCAGCUUAACAUCAGAUUUUCUGUGACCACAGAGAAACUUUCAGUAGAUGAAUGUGAAAACAUCCUUCUGUAAAACUCUGCAGUGAAGCUCAAACCUCCAACUCUAGGAAGAAAAACUUAUUUUUGAGUGGAGGGGGACUUUAAAUAACUUAUUGACACUGACCAUGGGAAGUGUGAAGUUGUGAUUAAUUCAUCACAACAAAUUCCCAAAAGAAGAAGGAGAUGACUCAUAAAAACAAACUGGCUGAUAAAUGCAAAUUCAGAAGAUGUUUUCCUUGCUUUUCAUCGUGUCAGUGUGGUUUGUUGACACUAAAAUACAACCUUGAACUUGAUUUAUACAUUUAAAGGCGUCAUAUUCUGGCAACAUCGUUGUUAUUUAAAUAAUCCCAAUUAUCUUUUAGGAUUUCUGCUACAUAACAGACAAUAAAACCAGCUUCAGGUGGAGCAGACGUGAUUAAACUGCAUUAUCAAGCACAGACCACACAGAAGCACUCUCUAAAUUCUGAAUUGCACCUUCUGAUUCUUUAAUGUACAUUUCAAGACCUGUCUUCAACUCACCCCACCUCUGUGUGACUGACAACUAGAGUUGAUCUGGAUUCAACAUGUUGGUCUGUUGACGGGCAGAGAGGGUGAUCCUUAUAUUAUUUUCAUGUGCUGGGUGUGUGAAAGGUGAACACUAUAUAGUUCAUAGAUAUUUGAUAUGUGAGUCUUAUGAAGCAGGUGUGUGAUUGACUUUGAGCUAUUUCUUCAUCUUGUUUGAAGCAUUCAGGAGCAAAUGUUCCAAAUAGUGUGCGGAGUAAUGUAUUUGUAUCUAAUUGUAUUUGUACCUUUUUAAGGCAGUAGUUUGCUUGACCAAAGUCGAGGUCCUCCCUUAGGUGUGAGUCUACGUCACAGAUAGUUGGGCAGCUGCUUGUCCUCCUUCUCCUUUCCUUUCAGGGCUUCAAUCAAUAAUUUACCUGCCCCGGUCAUAUCGAUGGCACCUACUCCCUUUUCUCUUCCCCUCACUCGCUUGCUCGUUCUUUCCACGAAAACUGUUGAUGACAAGGGGGUAAAAGAGCUCAUUAACAAAUGACAGAAGAAGGGAGAGAGGGAGGAAAGCACUACCAUUCUAACAGACAGGUGUUAUCGGUCUUUGGAACAACAGGAACAGAGGAACAGUAGUGAAGGUGACUUUCACUGGCUUAAGCCGCUGAUACACAAAGGACAAGAAUCGCCUGAAGAAACUUCUUCAGAAGUUUGAAUGGGAAUACAGACUCUUUACCGAAGUUUGUUCUGUCUCUGACGUUCACCUUUUGAGCCUUUGUGUUUGUCUGAAGUUCAUAUUGUCUUUCAAAUUGGUCACUAUGUCGGGAGCCACCAGUGACCAGCUGCACAGAUCAACUUUAUCAGUCUAUUUGAAUCUGAUGGAGCACUUCAAUCCUGGCCUCCAGAAGCUUGUUGCUCUAGGAAACAGCUAUGUCAAAGCUUUCCAAGCCUUAGCUGUUUGCAGUGAGGCCUACUUCAGUGCUGUGGCUAAGAUGGGUGACCAGGCUCUUCACACGCUUUCAUCUCGCUCUCUUGGGGAUGUCCUGAUCCAAAUAUCAGAAACACAGAGGAGACUCACAGCAGAGAUGGAGGGAGUGUUUCGAUGGUUCCAGAUAGAGGUGUUGCAAGCCAUGGAGAAGAAUGUCAAGUUGGAUGAGGAGUACAUUGAUGGUAGUCGCAGAGUGUAUGAGCUGGAAGUGAGGAACCAGGCAGAGGUUUUGGAGAAGCAGCUCAGACGAGGAGCCUACAGAGACUCUCUGGAGAACAGUGAGUACAUGCUGUACCUGAGGCAGAGUCAGCAAGAGAUCCUGAAGGAGGAGGAGAGGAGGUAUCGCUUCUUGGCAGAGAAACACUGUGGCCUCACUCAGUCACUGCUCUUCCUUAUAAACAAGACUGGUGCGUCUUUCCAGCAAAAGGCAGAUGGAUGGAAGGAGAAAGUGAAUGACACCAGAGGGUCCAGACCUCGAACUCCCACCCAUUUGGACCAAGAGGCACAGCUGCGAGGCUCAGUGAGCUCCCUGCUGCAGACAGUAGCCAGAGAUGAAGACAUGUCUUGGGCCAGGAGGGAGCAGCAGGCACUGGGCAGAGUGCCCUCUAGAGCGCCGUCUCCCCUCCCCAGCCGCUCUCGCUCCAGCUCAGUCGGUGAAUCUCUGGGUCUGGGUGGUGGGAGAGCCAUGAGAGCCCUGGUGUCUCACCCGUCCUCAUCCAACCCAAAGCUUCUACCUUUCAACAGGGGAGAGACUGUCACAGUACUGGUCCAGGAACCGCGCAACGGCUGGCUGUAUGGACGCACUGACAGCAGCAUGCGUCAGGGCUGGUUCCCUGCUGCUUAUGUGGCCCCUGUUGAGGACUUCUCCAACACUUUAGCAACAAGUGGUGGCUCUCUAAGACGCCACAGCAUGAACAAUCUGCUGGAUCCCACUGACACCUACACUGACCAAUCAGAGAGCAAGAACUAUGGAGAUGUCCCACCUCCAGCCACACCCAACCGCAGAGCCUCUGUAGACUUCCGGCCAAUCUCUCCUCUCCCUGAGAAGAAGCUUGAGCCAUCCGUGGAGACAAAGCCCGGUCAAACGAAAACCUACAACGAACAGCCACCCCCACCUCUCCCCCCACCGCCGCCUCCUCCCCCGAAUCAGAAUCUUAGAAGGGGCUCUGCAGAUUUUCGAUCAAUCUCUCCCCUCCCCGACAGGAAGGGCGAAUCAGCAUCUGAUGUCCAGGCAUUAUCACCCCAUGGACCACCUGAAAACCCACUGUUUCCCAGAGGCACAAAUCCAUUCGCCACUGUAAAGCUUCGCCCCACGACGACCAAUGACAGAUCUGCUCCUCGGAUGCUCUGAUCCAUCGGCACUCGUGCAGGCGGAUUUUGUAACCAAGGUUGCCAGAUCGGGUUGUGGGGGCAGGAUAUACAUUUUUGUUUCAGGAGAAUGUAAUGACAUCUCUGAAAUGUGAUGGCUUUUAGCCAGAAGGGAAGAGGAAGGUUUGGUGGGUUUUUUUUGUACAGUGUUAGAUAAGGUGAAGUAUUUAUUGUACCAAAAGCAAAAGUGACACUAAAGCAAAUCUCAAUAAUUUAAUAUCAAAACCAUAAACUUUUAAAAUAGUUGUUUUAUCAACUCUUUGUACAGUAUUUACGUUUUAUAUAGAUAGAUCUGUUUGUUUCUUGUAGUACAAAUAUUAAAGGAAUAGUGACACAUUUUGGGAACUAUGCUUACUCACUUUGUUGCUGAGAAUUAGAUCAAUACCACUCACUUCCAAUCAGCCUGUAGCUAGUUAGCUUAGCAAAAAGACUGAAAACACAGGUAAACACCUAGCCUCGGUCGAGCCCAGAGGUAACAAAAUCCACUUACCAGCACAUUUUUUUGAAACAGCUAGUUUCUUGGUUCCAACCUUAUUGAUAAGCUCAGCUACCUGGGUGCUUUCUCCACUAACAUAUUUAGUGUACAGACACAAGAGUGGUAUUGGUCCUCUCAUCUAAAUCUAAAUAAGCAAGAUGAAUAUAACUGCAUUCCCAAAAUGUUGUACUAUUUCUUUAAGCUGAUAGUAAUAUGCUUAUUUUUUUGCUCAAGCUGUUAUGUGUCUUGCUCUCAUUCUAUGCUAAUUUUAUAAGCAAACAGAUGUGAUUUAACAGAACAUAAAAUGAAAUCCUUUCAAAUCUGACUUGGGCCACAUUUGAUCCUAAAUACACUACGAUACAUAUUGGAUCACUCACAUGCCAUUAAGGCCACGGAUUCUCACCUAGUGAUUGUACAUUUGUAAUCCUCUUCACCUCCUGUGACAUGUUUUGCAAUGUUCGGUGCGUUAUGUUUUGUGAGUUUAAUGUUUUGUGUCCGCUGUGAGUAACAAUAAGUAAAGAGACAGUUAUUACUCAA